GUUUAAAAACCCUAAAAAUCUUAUUUUUGUUAAUAUCUUCCCUAAUUUCAUCAACUAGCAACUGAUAAAUUGAAAAGGGGAUUAAAUUAGGGUUUCAGUCAUCACACCCUUGUCAAACUUCCUUUCUCUCCUCUGAUUCUUUACUCGGAAUCGAUGGCGAUAGUAGAAUCGCUAUUAAAGGAGACGGAAAACAGUAAUUUCAAUAGCAUCCAUGGUCAAAAUCAAAAUCAUUAUGAUUCAAGAGUGUGCAUAAACGAAACUCUUAGAGAUGACGAAUUAAGAGCUAUCUUAUCAAAAUUAGAGAGUGAUAAAGACAAAGAAGUGUUUGGAUUAGUAUGCAAAAGAUGGCUUCAUCUUCAAAGUACUGAAAGAAGGAAGAUUUGCGCACGUGCGGGACUUUACAUGCUUCGUCGUUUGGCUUCUCGCUUUCCUCGAAUUCACGAACUUGAUUAUUCCCAGUCUCUCUCUCGCUCUUUUUAUCCUGGUGUUACUGAUGAAGACCUCAAGGUUAUUGCUAAUGGCUUCCGUUGUUUACGUGUCCUUCUUCUAUCCCAUUGUAAAGGUAUUUCAGAUGCUGGACUAUUGGCAAUAGGAAGCAAUCUUCAUUCUUUGCAGUCUUUGGAUGUAUCAUGUUGCAGAAAAGUUACGGAUAAGGGAUUGUGUGGUGUAGCUGAGGGCUGUAGUGACCUAAGAAGCUUGCACCUUGCUGGCUGCAGAUUAAUUUCUGACAGUACACUGGAAGCUCUGUCCAAUAAUUGUCGUAAUCUAGAAGAACUGGUCCUUCAAGGGUGCAUUAACAUAACAGAUUAUGGGCUUACUGUUCUUGUUAGUGGAUGUAGACACAUCAAGCAUUUAGAUGUAAACAAAUGCACCCAUGUAGGCGAUGCUGGUAUCUCUAGCAUUUCAGAAGCUUGUUCUGCCUCUCUAAGGACUCUAAAGAUGUUGGACUGCUACAAAGUUGGAGAUGCUGGUAUCUCAAUCUUGGCCAAGUUUUGCAAGAGUCUGGAGACUUUAAUUAUUGGUGGUCUGCGGGAUAUAACUGAUGCAGCUGUAAAGUCAUUAGUGCUUUCUUGUCAUUCCAGCCUUAAGAAUUUGCGGAUGGAUUGGUGUUUAAGUGUCACUGAUUCUUCACUGAGCUGUAUUCUAAACCAUUGCAAAAAUUUACAAGCACUCGACAUUGGUUGUUGUGAAGAGGUGACUGAUGCUGCUUUUCACGGAUUAGGCACAGGAGAUUUUGCAGAAAAUCUAAAGGUCUUGAAGGUGAGUAAUUGCCCAAAGAUCACAGUUUCUGGAAUAUCCGUGAUCCUAGAUUCUUGCAAACUUUUAGAAUACCUUGAUGUUCGAUCAUGCCCACAUAUAACUAAGGCUGGUCUUGAUGAGGCUGGAAUUCAGCUCCCUGAAACCUGUAAUGUUAAUUAUAAUGGAAACUUAACAGAGCCAGAUGUUCCUUCGAGCAUUUUAUAAUCUUGGGAGUUUGAAUUAGCUUUCUGCUAUUUCCCAAUGCGGACGAAGUAAGGGUUAUGCUAGGUACUAUCCUCUUACCAUUCUCUGCUUACGGUGCAGGCUUUCAUCUUAUUUCUAUAGCUAUGUAUUUUACUGAUGAAGAAUUCUCUGUAUAGUUUGCUUUGUGAAAUGUACAUUAUUUUCUUUGCAACUUUGGUUGUUGAUCAUCAUGGCGAUAAUAAUGUUUAAGAUGUGACACAAUUUAGCUUCAGUAGUUGUAUGGACUAUGAUAUAAUAAUAAUAUUGUUAUGACUUAUUGGGUCAUUUUAGUAA